AUGCCUCUAGACCACGUAAGCCUCCUCGUCCCGGAGAGCGACGUCGCCAGCGCCCUCGAGCUGUACCUCGCCGCUCUGGCCCCUCUGGGCUACGGCAUCAGACUGCAAUUCGGACCAACCGUCACGGGUUUGGGACCAGCAAACACCGACGAGUCCCCCGACUUCUGGAUCAUCGGCGUCGACAACCCGCCCAACCGCCCCUCCCACAUUGCCUUCCGCGCCAAGGAUCGUGCCUCUGUGGAUGCAUUCCACGCCGCCGCUCUCAAGGCCGGGGCCAAGGACAACGGCGCACCGGGCAUCCGAGCCCACUACCACCCCGACUACUACGGCGCCUUCGUCCUCGAUGCCGCUGGGAACAACAUCGAGGCCGUGUGCCACAGCCCUUCUUGA